AUUAAUAAAGCUAACUAAAUUAUUCAAAUAAUACUACCAAAGAGGACCAAUAAUAAAAAUAAAAAUAAAUAACUGACCAUUUAUAGCCCCCUGCUUCAAAAGCUGAAGAUUUGUAUUUCUCUUUGUAUUUUUUGAAAGAACUCCAGAGAAUAAGGAGAACAAUUUUACACUGUGAAAACGCUGCUAGGAUGAAGGUGAAGAUGAGAGAGAGAGGAAGAGAGAGAACGAGAGCAAGCAGGGGACAUGGAGAAUCACUGGUAAGGCUAACUUCACAGAGAUCAGUGUUUGGUAGGCAAAUUGAUCAGGUGCAAAGGCGCAGAGGAGAUGGUAAUAUUAGACAAGAGGGAUGCAGACAAAGUUUUGGAGGAUACGAUUGGAAGAUUUAUAACCAAGCUACAGCUUUUUUCUUCACAAACUUUCCUGAGGAGUGGAACUAUGAAGAUUUGUGGAGACUCUUCUCAAAAUAUGGGAGAAUCUACUCCAUUUACAGCCCAGAAAGGAGGGAUAGAUUUGGGAGAAGAUUUGGUUUUGUCCGGUUUCUGGAGGUGAAGGAUAAGAAAGAGUUGGAACGCCAAUUAGAUCAAAUCUGGAUUGGUCACACAAAACUCAGGGCAAACAUCCCCAGAUUCAAAGAGGAAGACCGGAAUGGUAAGAAGGAAAGCAAACCAAAAAUUGGGAUGCAAAACCAUCCUGAUAGUCGCCCGGUAAACAAUCAGAUUCAAGGAGAGUCGGGAAGAAGAUGGGGCAGUAGAAUGGUUGUACCACACCGAUCUUAUGCAGAUGUCCUAAGAGGUAGCAGAAACACCAAACCCAUGGCAGAGCAUAGAGGAAACUCAAGGACGAAGCACUCAGAAAAGCCUAAUAGAAGAAAAUGGCAGAAGAAAAAUAACGACCAGGAAUGGACAGGUUUUGAGUUCAAUGUGAAAGAGGAGGACUAUAGCUGGUUACAAGGGUGUUACGUGGGCCAAGCACACUCUGUAGAAAUUGUUCCAUGCAUACAGGAGAGAUUUUACAUGGAGGGGUAUUUUGCAUGUAAGCUGAAGGCAAUGGGAGGUAAGCUAGUUCUCCUGGAGAGUGAAGAUAAAGAUGAAUUGAAGGACUUAGUGGAGAAUGCUUCAGAUUGGUUAGGCCAAUGGUUCAAGGAGAUCAAACCUUGGAGUCCUUGCAUGGUGGCAAAUGAACGUUUCGUAUGGAUUAAAUGCACAGGUGUUCCACUACAUUCUUGGGGGCCUACAUUUUUCUCCACUCUUAGUUGUAUCUGGGGAAAAUUCAUUACUUUGGAUGAAAGCACAAGCAAGAAGAAACGUUUUGACAUUGCAAGAUUCCUUAUAUGCACACCAGUCAUGGAUUCCAUUUCAAAGAAGCUCAAAGUCAAGAUCAACGGAACAGUGUACAACAUCAGAGUGGCGGAAGAAGAAUUCUCCAAUAGUUUAUUUUCUAUCAAAUCAGAUUUCAUUCCAGAUUUUCCAAGUGAUUCCGAAAUUGAAUCCAAGGAAACUUGGGAGAAUGAUAGCGUGGAAGAUGAAGCAUCAAAGGGAGUAGAUACGGAAGUUGAAAAGUUAUUCAGUGACAUGGAGAUUAGGGUGCCUAGGGAGGAAGAAGAAGACGUGGCACUUGAAGAUUGGAUGGCGAUUCAAAAUCUAAAAUCCCAAUCACAGGGAUUUGAAAUUGAAGAGACAAACAAAAAGGAUAUCUUGGCAGCGCAUCAUAAUUCGAAGAUAGCUGCUCCACUUCAAAAUAUUGGUGAACAGAACAUGGAUGCUAGACAUCGGCUGGUGGGUGAAACUCUUAGGCCCAACAAUGAGGAGACCACAGAAUCUGUUAAUGGGCCAACUCAAGGAAAAGAGAUGGAGAAGGUUCCAGCAAACACGGGUGAUGAUAACCAAAAUGCCAAAAAUGCCUUUCCAGUAAGAUGUAAUCAGUUCACAUCUCAAAAAGCUUCAGACGAUAUGGAGGGACCAAAUCGAAAACCAACCAUAUCAGAAGGUUUAGAGGUAGAAGGUAAUAAUUCUUUUUGGGAGGGGAUGGCCAGUGAGUCAGAAAGAGCUGUAAACUGGAGAGAAAGACAGGUGAGAAGGAAGAAAUCAAAGAAUCGCACAAAGAAGAGAGCCAAAUCUUGCAUCGCAGUCUACAAAGCAACCUCAGCAAUACUCCAAAAGAGGAACAGGGGUGAAAAAUGUAAAGGUACACAACAAUUGAAAGAAAAUCUACCAACUUUCUUGCCCAAUCCGAAGAAAGUGGUGGCCGGUGAAUCUGUGGGUGACAGUGACAUUAUAAAUCGAAAUAAGGAGAUUCGCAAAGGGUGGAAAAAAUAUAGAGCUGAGGAAAUUUGGGAAUUUGCUAAGCGGAUCGGAGUACUUGGUCAAAGUGAGGAAUCGGACAUAUGCCAACAGAUUAAACGCAUGGAGAAAAGAGACAGAGCAGCUAAAGUGGGAACAAAAGCAAUUAGCAAAGGCAAUGGAAAGCAGGAAUCCAAAUUAGUAACAGUGGAUAGAAGAUUGUGCCAGGCUCUAUGGAGUCAUGAUGAAUUUGAAUGGGUGUUCAAACCAUCAAAUGGUCUUUCAGGAGGCUUAAUUUGUGUAUGGAACUUGGGAGUCUUCAAAAAAGAUAGAGUGUAUGAAGGGGAAAACUAUAUAGGUGUUUAUGGGUUCUGGGGAAAAGACGCUGUGCCUGUUCACAUUAUAAAUGUGUAUUCUCCUUGCAACAUUACUAGCAAAAGGGCUCUAUGGCAGGAGUUAAAAUUGCUAGUGUUAGGCACUAAAGGCAAUUGGUGUUUAGUAGGUGCUUUUAAUGCAGUCAAGAGUAGACAAGAAAGAGCAGAGGGCAAAGGAUCCACAACAGAAAUGAGAGAAUUUGAGGAUUUUAUCAGAGACUCGAAUCUUGUUGAUUUGCCUUUGUGUGGUAGAAGAUAUACUUGGUAUCAAGUAAAUGGGGCAUCCAUGAACAGGAUUGAUCGAUUCUUAUUAUCAGAGGAUUGGCUGUUGAAUUGGAAUGAUUGCAAACAGUGGGGACUAGGGCGCUCCAUAUCAGAUCAUUGUCCUAUCAUUCUGAAGAACAUCUCAGUGGAUUGGGGACCAAGGCCGUUCAAAUGGUUUGAUGCAUGGCUGGACACACUAGGUUUGAGGGAUGAAAUCAAAAAGGUAUGGAACUCAACUAAGGUAUCUGGAUGGAAGGGAUACUGUUUGAAGGAAAAAUUCAAAGCUGUCAAGAGGUUUCUUAAAGCUUGGAGUAUGAAUUUCAAGGAAGAAGUAGAUAGGAACAUUACAGAAUAUAAAGCAGCCAUUGCUAGCUUGGAUGCUAAGGGAGAACAGAAUAACUUGUCAAUUGAAGAAUGUGUAAAGAGACAGAGGAACUUUGUAGAUUUAUGGAAAUGUUUAAAAACAAAAGAAGGCAUGUUGAAACAGAAAUCUAGGAAAAUGUGGAUCAAGAAUGGAGAUGCCAAUACCUGUUAUUUCCAUAGAUGUGUCAAAAGCAGAAUUAGGAAGAAGGAGAUAUGUUGUUUGCAUAUGGAUGGACAAUUGGUGGAUGAUGUACAGACGUUAAGACAGAAGAUUGUAGAGCACUACACAAGUUAUUUUAAGGAUGAGGAGUGGAGAAGACCAACAUUGGACGGCAUAGAUUUUAACAGGCUCUCCCCAGAUUCUGCUGCCAUGUUAGUUGACAAUUUUACCGAAGAAGAAGUUAAGAAGGCAGCUUGGGAUUGCGGAGUUACAAAGGCACCAGGCCCAGAUGGAUUUAAUUUUCGAUUCAUAAGAGAAAUGUGGGAGGUGUUGAAGGAAGAUAUCAUGGGCUUCAUACAAGAAUUUCAUGAGAAUGGCAAAUUAGUCAGAGGAUUGAAUGAAUCUUUCAUUGUACUCAUCCCUAAGAAGGAAAAUCCAUUAGAGUUGGAGGAUUUUAGACCCAUUUCCCUGAUUGGUGCUAUGUAUAAAAUCCUAACUAAGAUACUCGCAAACAGAUUGAGUCGAGUUAUGCAGGAAAUCAUUGGGGAACAACAAACAGCUUUUGUGAAAGGUAGACAGCUCAUGGAUGGUGUAGUGGUUGCAAAUGAGGUUAUAGAUGAAGUACGCAGGAAAAGAAAGAGUAGCUUUGUAUUCAAGAUUGAUUUUGAGAAGGCUUUUGACAAAGUCAGUUGGAAAUUCCUGGAUUACAUGCUAGAACGUAUGGGAUUUGAUUCCAAGUGGCGAGGUUGGAUUCAAGAAUGUCUAAGCACCAGCAGAGUUUCAAUUUUGGUUAAUGGCAGUCCUACAGAUCAGUUCUCAGUCAAUCAAGGGUUGAGGCAAGGUGAUCCGCUGUCAUCGUUCUUAUUCUUGAUAAUUGCUAAAGGCUUGAACGGAAUAAUUGCGUCAACCAUUUCACAAAAGUUGUUUGCUGGUGUAUCAGUAGGUUCUAAUCAGUUGAACAUUUCCCACUUGCAAUUUGCAGAUGACACGAUUUUAUUCGGAUAUGCUACAGAAGAAAAUAUAUGGGCUGUGAAGUGUAUCACAAGAAUUUUUGAGCUUGUUUCUGGACUUAAGAUCAACUAUGUGAAAAGCCAGUUGAUGGGAGUGCAUGUGGAUGAAGAAUGGCUAUCAAGAGCUGCUGCAAUUUUAAAUUGUAAGCUGGGAGUUUUGCCUUUCAAGUAUUUAGGGGUCCCUAUUGGGGACAACCCAAGAAGAUCGAAAAUCUGGCAACCGCUGGUGGAAAAUUUCAAGAAGAAGUUGUCACAAUGGAAGGGGAGAUUCGUAUCUAUGGGAGGCCGAAUUACUCUGAUAAAUGUUGUGUUGUCAAGCUUACCAGUAUUUUUGAUGAGUAUGUUUCUCAUUCCAAAAGGGGUGAUUAAAAAAUUAGACUCCAUUAGGAGAGCUUUUUUAUGGGGAGGGAAUGAUGAGAAAAGAGUGAUUAAUUGGGUAGGGUGGGAAAAUGUGUGCAAAAGCAAAGAGGAAGGGGGUCUUGGAGUGAAAAAUCUUAGAACUUUUAAUUUAGCCUUAAUGGGGAAAUGGUGGGGAAGGUUAGCUAAGGGGGAGGGUGGUUUGUGGCACAAGGUUUUAAAGGCUAAGUAUGGGAAAGAGGGCGUAAAUUGGACGAGGUGGAUGAAAGAGAACAGUGAGUUAGGAUCUCUAUGGUGGAGAGAUGUAUGUAGGUUAAAUGAGGUAGGGGGGAGUAACGUAGGAUGGCUAGAGAAAGGUUUUGAGUUGGAUGUGGGGGAAGGUAAGGAGAUGUUGUUCUGGAAGGAGAAUUGGGUGGGGAUUGAAUGGAGAGUGGACUUGGGAUUUGAAGUGGAGGCGUGCUCUCCGGGAAGAGGAAGCAUCCAAUUACAGAAUAUGAUUAGUAGGUUGAACACCAAAUCACUUACCAAGGGAAGAAGGGACGUAUGGCACUGGAAACAUGAUCAAAAUGGCAUCUACAGUGCAAGUUCAGGUUACCAGACACUAUCAAGAUCCUUCUCAUCCACAAGGGGGGUAAUUUUCAACAAGAUUUGGAACCCCCACAUACCCACAAAGGUCAGUGCAUUCAGUUGGCUAGUCACACAAGAUAGAAUUCCAUCUGAAGUUAAUUUAUGGAGGAAGGGAGUAUUGAGAGAUGUUAGUAUGAUUAUGUGUAAAAUGUGUGAGGAGGGUGAUGAAUCAACAAGGCACCUAUUUCUACACUACCAUAUAGCUAAUAUAUUGUGGGGAAGAUGCUGUCGUUGGUGGGGUGUGGAAGGUGUUCUUGCUGAAUCCUGUUCAGAGGCUUUUGUUCAACAUAAAGGCUGGUUCAAAGAUAAAAGGUCAAGGGAGGGAUGGGAGGUGAUUUGGUUUGCAGUCAUAUGGACAAUUUGGUUAGCUCGUAAUGGAAAAAUCUUCAACAAUGAGACAGUGGAUACAGACCAACUAUUUCAAUUGAUUCAAGCCAGAUCAUUCAUAUGGCUCAAGGAGAGAAAAAGAGGACACAAAUUUUCCCUCUCAUACUGGUUGCAAGAUCCUAGAUCGAGCAUGAGGAAUGGUUAGCAAAUUUCUGAAUUUGUGUGUUUAUGUAUGUUUUAAGAAGGAAUAUGUCCAAAGUCUUGGCAUUUUUUUGGAUUCGAGGAAGGGUUGCUGGUAUGGUUUCCGGCUGGGAUUGGAUGCAAAACCCUGUGGUGUGUUUUUGAAGGACUAGAUGUGCUAUUCUACCAUUGAAGAAAUUGCAAAAGAGGAC